AUGGCUGGUGAGAAACAUCACGAGUACCUUGUAUCGAUUGGUGCAACUGCUGCUUCCGAUUAUAGGGACCCGGAAGUUGUGAGAAAUGUUAUAGAGGAAGUGAACACUUUGGAUAUGGGUCUCGAAAUUGGAUUUCACGCCACCACGGAGAAUGUCACUUCUCAACUCUCGGCUGACAUUUUAUCGGCUAUGGGGAAUCGUCAAGGCAAACUUGUCUUGACUCUUCCUUGA